AUGGAGUCUCAAAUGAAGGAGGGAAUAGAGGGGUUUUAUUUGGGGUUUGGGUUUCGACUGGUGGUGGAGAUGGAGUCUCUAAUGAAGAAGGGAAUAGAGGGGUUUUAUUUGGGGUUUGGGUUUCUACUGGUGGUGGAGAUGGAGUCUAAUGAAGGAGGGAAUAGAGGGGUUUUAUUUGGGGUUUGGGUUUCUACUGGUGGUGGAGAUGGAGUCUCUAAUGAAGGAGGGAAUAGAGGGGUUUUAUUUGGGGUUUGGGUUUCUACUGGUGGUGGAGAUGGAGUCUCUAAUGAAGGAGGGAAUAGAGGGGUUUUAUUUGGGGUUUGGGUUUCUACUGGUGGUGGAGAUGGAGUCCCAAAUGAAGGAGGGAAAAGAGAAGUUGUAUUUGGGGUUUGGGUUUCUACUGGUGGUGGAGAUGGAGUCUCAAAUGAAGGAGGGAAAAGAGGGGUUUUAUUUGGGGUUUGGGUUUCUACUGGUGGUGGAGAUGAAGUCUCAAAUGAAGGAGGGAAAAGAGGGGUUUUAUUUGGGGUUUGGGUUUCUACUGGUGGUGGAGAUGGAGUCUCUAAUGAAGGAGGGAAUAGAGGGGUUUUAUUUGGGGUUUGGGUUUCUACUGGUGGUGGAGAUGGAGUCCCCAAUGAAGGGGGGAAAAGAGAAGUUGUAUUUGGGGUUUGGGUUUCUACUGGUGGUGGAGAUGGAGUCUCAAAUGAAGGAGGGAAAAGAGGGGUUUUAUUUGGGGUUUGGGUUUCUACUGGUGGUGGAGAUGGAGUCUCAAAUGAAGGAGGGAAAAGAGGGGUUUUAUUUGGGGUUUGGGUUUCUACUGGUGGUAGAGAUGAAGUCUCAAAUGAAGGAGGGAAUAGAGGGUUUUGGGGUUUAUUUGGGGUUUGGGUUUUCUACUGGUGGUAG